GGUUGGUUGGGAGGUGGCUUGUCUCAAAGGCCUCCGAUGACAGAGCACAAGUUGCUGAGUGCUGGGCCUACAGAGCCAUGGUCUAUCCGGGAAAAACUUUGCUUGGCUUCUUCAGUAAUGCGGAGUGGAGACCAGAACUGGGUGUCUGUCAGCAGAGCCAUCAAACCGUUUGCAGAGCCAGGCCGCCCACCUGAUUGGUUUUCCCAAAAGCAUUGUGCAUCACAAUAUUCUGAGCUUCUGGAGACCACAGAGACCCCAAAAAGAAAGCGUGGUGAGAAGGGAGAAGUGGUAGAAACUGUGGAAGAUGUAAUUGUGAGAAAACUGACAGCAGAGCGGGUUGAGGAGUUAAAGAAGAUGAUUAAGGAGACACAGGAAAAGUACAGGCAGCUGAAGAGGGAUGCAGAACUGAUCCAGGCAGGGCACAUGGACCAUAGGCUGGAGGAACUGUGCAAUGACAUUGUGGUGAAGAAAAGAAUGGAAGAGGAGGAGGCAGAAGUGAAGAGAAAGGCUACAGAUGCUGCUUAUCAAGCUCGUCAGGCAGUUAAGAACACAUCACGAAGACCUCCAGGAAUUAUGGUCCGUUCUCCUGCAGGCUCAACCUCGCCAGGAGCAGACUACAGUCUGGGUGACUUAUCUCAACCCACGUUGGAAGAGGCUAGUCCAGGGGUAACUCCAGGGACAUUGCCCAGCACCCCAGUUGCCUCCUUCAUUGGGAUCCCUGACACCCCUAUGGGCUCCACCUCCCUGGAUGCCCCCAUGACCCCAGUCACAGAUGAUUCAACCCAGAAAAAGAUGCUAGGACAGAAAGCAACUCCGCCUCCUUCUCCUCUGCUUUCAGAGCUGCUGAAGAAGGGCAGCCUCCUGCCCACAAGCCCCAGGCUGGUGGGUGAGAGCGACAUGACAGUAGUUUCUGGUCACACAAGCAGCUCUGGUCUCCUCCUGGACGUGGGAGGGGUUCUUCCAGGGCUGCAUGGUGGAGAAAUGCAGUCAGCUUCAACUACUGUUCCUGCAUCUCCUGCUGCUUCAGGUGCUCCUACACUUUCCCGCCUUUUAGAAGCUGGUCCAGCGCAAUUCACCACAUCGCUUGCUUCCUUUUCUGCUGUUGCCAGUGAACCUCCAGGCAAACUCCUGCCUCCCCCUGUAGAGUCCGUGUCUCAGGCAACUCUAGUCAUGGUGCCCACGCUGCAAGCACCAGCUGCUGUGCCACCCGCUGCAACUCCCGAAAGUGUAGCGACAGGCUUUCACUUGACUUGUCACUCUUGUCCAGUGAGUCAGCCCAACACCUGUGUUUCCAUGGAGGCAGUGCCUGAUCCUCAUACUGUGACAGUGUCAAUGGACAGCAGUGAGAUUUCCAUGAUCAUUGAUUCCAUCAAGAAAGAUUGCCUAGGCUCUGGGGCGUCUGGUGCUGUAGGGACUUCCAAAGACCACAGCAUUGAUGGGAAGGAAGACCUAGAUCUGGCUGAGAAGAUGGACAUUGCAGUUUCCUACACGGGAGAAGAACUGGACUUUGAGACUGUUGGGGACAUCAUAGCUAUCAUUGAGGACAAGGUGGACGACCAUUCUGAAGUCCUGGAUGUAGCAGCAGUAGAGGCUUUCUGCGAAGAGAUUGAGGAUCCUCAGUCACUGAGCGAUCCCUGGGAGCACCCACUCCAACGAGAGCACCCAAUCCAACAGGAGCACGAGAAGCAGAGUCAGAUCCCCCCAAUGGCUGUGACUGUAAAGCAGGAGAGACCAGACUGUGAGGAAUCAGAGGCUAAGGGGAUCAGAGAUCUGAUGAGCAUUGGGGAUCUGGGAACAGAAAUAAAGACGGAGCCUUCUGAGCAGGGACAGAUUCACCUGAGCCCCGAGGAAGCUUCUGCACUAGCAACCAGAACAAGUGAAGCCCCUGAAGAUGAAGAGACACGGGUUGCUGGUCUGGAGUGCUCUGAAAUGGAGAUGGAAUCAUCAAAGGUUGAAAUGGAUCAUGGCACAGUGAAGACAGAGCUUCCCCCUGAUGAUGAUACUUCCUCCCCACAUGCUCCAAGUGCAAGCGAAGAUUCCUCACAAGCAGAUCUUCACCACAAAUAUGAGCUUUCAGAAUCAAUGAAGGAGGAAGCCCAAGCUCUUUUUGAGAACCAACUGAAGGGUGAAGAGGAUGAGGAGGAUGGUGCCAGUGAGGCUGCCAGUCUGGAAGAGCCCAAAGAGGAAGAUCAGGGUGAGGGAUACCUCUCUGAAAUGGACAAUGAGCCCCCUGUGAGUGAGAGUGAUGAUGGCUUCAGUAUCCAUAAUGCGCCUUUGCAGUCUCACACUUUGGCUGAUUCCAUUCCCAGCAGCCCCGCCUCCUCACAGUUCUCUGUUUGCAGUGAGGAUCAGGAGGCUAUUCAGGCCCAGAAGAUCUGGAAAAAGGCUAUUAUGUUAGUUUGGAGAGCAGCAGCCAAUCACAGGUAUGCCAAUGUCUUCUUGCAGCCUGUGACCGAUGAUAUAGCUCCAGGUUACCACAGUAUUGUACAGAGGCCAAUGGAUUUAUCAACCAUUAAGAAGAAUAUUGAGAAUGGGCUAAUCCGGACUACAGCAGAGUUCCAACGUGAUAUCAUGCUGAUGUUCCAAAAUGCUGUCAUGUACAACAGCUCUGACCAUGAUGUAUACCACAUGGCUGUGGAAAUGCAGCGAGAUGUCUUGGAGCAGAUUCAGCAAUUUCUAGCCACACAGUUGAUCAUGCAGACGUCUGAGUCUGGGAUCAGUGCAAAAAGUCUGCGUGGACGAGAUUCCACUCGGAAACAAGAUGCUUCAGAGAAGGACAGUGUCCCCAUGGGCUCCCCUGCCUUCCUCCUUUCUCUCUUUAUGGGUCACGUGUGGACCUGGCUGGAGUCCAAAGAAGAAUUCUUCACAGAGUCUGAGAAGAGCAGCUGCUGCCAGUCUCCCCAGGGCUCCACAGGCUCUAGCUCAGAUCUUGACCUGGAACUAGGCUGCUGGAGAAAGGGGGAAGAAACUGCUGAGGAGGAAGUCGAGGAGAGCAGCAGCCAAGAGGAGGAGAGUCAGCUGGGAACGAGUGGUCCUCUGGAAUGGGAAGAUGCCAGCAGAGGGGACCAAGACGAGGCUGGGAGGUACAAGCAGGAUGCUAUCUUGAGGUUCCUGUCAGAGGUAACACAUUUGAUGGAGCCCCUUUGCAUUGGCAGCACAUACCUGGCCCAGGGUCCACAGGCACUUUGCAGUGCUGGGGAGCAGCCUGGAAGGGGAUUGCUGGAUCAUGAAGGAGACAUAAAGGGAACUCUGAUCCACCCAGAGGAGGAAGUGGCUAAAGGAAGUCAGCUUCAGGUUCUGAAAAAGAGAGCUACUUCCCAGGGAAGGGGAAACUUGGCAUUGCAGGUCUCAGAAGGGUUGCCAGUUAUGAAUUGGGAAGCAGAAGGAAUGGAAGAGCAACAAGAUCUGUGUGAGGUGUCAGGAGACUCUCAGAUUCAGGAUGACAAUCCUGAUGGGGAUUUGGAAAAGAAGGUGCUGCAUAGCCUUGUGGCAAGUGCAGGAGAAACAGAUGAAGAUGACUACUCAUUAGAGCUUACAAAUGAUACUUCCUUCAGUUGGAGAACACUGAAGGAUGGGAUGCCACAAAACGUAGAGGAAGCAGCUGCGGAACGCACUGAAGAACAAGCUGAAGACUGGAAAGAUUGUGACUUCCACCUGAGUUACAGCAACGAUGACUCCAGUCCCUAUGGAACACCCUUGAUGAGCUCCCCUACCACAAGUACAGCUUCUUUGCCUUUGAUGCAGCUGAGCCAAGACGACCCUCCCCAGCAGCUUUUGCUUUUCAAAAAAACUCUGUUGUCCAUCUGGAAGAUGGUGGCUGGCCACAGGUACAGCGGCCCCUUUCUGAAGCCCGUUUCCGAGAAGCAGGCUCCUGGUUACAAAGAUGUGGUGAAAAGGCCAGCUGAUCUUUCCUCCAUAAAGAGGAGCCUCUCCAAGGGCCACAUUCAAAAUAUGGUGCAGUUCCAGCGGGAUCUCAUGCUGAUGUUCCAGAAUGCCAUCAUGUACAAUAACUCCAACCACCAUAUACAUCGCAUUGCUCUGGAGAUGCAACGAGAAGUUCUGGAGCAGCUUCAGAUGCUGGGCGAGGCACUCCUGUGCUCGGAGGAAAUGCAAGGCUUUGUGAGAAGGUGAGAGGGUUGUGUUCAA